AUGGCCAACCACAUCCCGGACGCCGACGCCGCGGGGUUCAAGCUCUUCGGCAAGCCGCCUCUGCCCCUGCCCCUGCAGCAGGCGCCCGGGGCGGCCGGGGGCACCGGCGGCGGCGAGCCGCUGCCGUGCCCGCGGUGCGGCAGCCGGGAGACCAAGUUCUGCUACUUCAACAACUACAACGUGCGGCAGCCGCGCCACCUCUGCCGCGCCUGCCGCCGCUACUGGACGGCCGGCGGCGCGCUCCGCCGCGUGGCCUCCGCGUCCCCGGGCCGCCGCAGGCCGCGCCCGACCAACGCCCGAUCGGCCUCGGCCGCCACCGCCGCCGCCGCUGCCGCGUCGUCCGCCUCCGCAGCCGCCGAGGAGGAUUCUUUUGGUGGCCAAAAGGAUGCUGCCGGGCCGGCCUGCUGCGACCGCGAGACGAGAGAGUUCAGUUUGGUUUGGUCAGGUGGCGGAUUCAUCCAUGAUUUGUUGGAAGGAAGGAAAUCAAUCAUUCUCCAUCUGCGCUUCUUAAUGGUUGGUUCACGUGUUCUUACCCUCCGCGGCGCGUGCUACUACAGCUCAGAUGUCCGCCUUCCUGGCCGAUUUAGUGAUAGCUUUGAUGUCAUUGCCCUCGUCAACGUUAAGCAUCGCCCUUACGUUUAG